UUUGGCUCCUAGGUUGAAAGGCUUUCUGUGAGCCCCAAUCCCAUCCAUGGCCAUGGAGAAGGCCACGAACUUGGUCAAGGCUUUGCCAUCCUCCAGGCUUUGCGAUUCCUUAGACUCAGCCCGUGCUGCAGCGGGUGCAGCUGAGAGUGGGAAAUGUUGGUAUGUGAUGCAGCUGGGCAAGACAAGUAUGUCGGAGGUGCACGCAGCUUUGCAGGAAGGAUCAGGUCAGUUGGGUGUGCUGCUUGUUGCGAGCCAAAGUCCAGUCUCUCAGCUUGAGGUGCUGAGAGCAAUGGAGUACGGUGGUGUGUACGUGGCUUCUGCUGAGUUGGAGAAGCCAGGAGAAUGCCUCAAGGAAGCGGCCAGCUUUUCGAUUGGCCCUUCCUUGGUUUUGCUGACUGAAGCAGCUGCCAUCAAAGGUGAUGAGAACUGGACUGCCUUCAGGUACGAUCCACGCCGAGAGGACCAAGGACUUGCUGCAUUCGUCACUGACAGCAGCCGUGUCCGAAGUGAGAUCCAGGGCUUCCUGUCCAGAGAGAGUCUUUUGACUCUGAUCGCCAAAAAGUCUUUGCCAUCUGCAAGUGCAGGUGAUGCUGAAGCUGGAGGCUUGAGUGAAGGACUGGCAGCUGCGUCCAAGACGGUGACCAUCCUGUACUCCUCUGACACCGGACAUGCCGAAGAAUGUGCCAAAGCAGUUGCCCGACAGUGCCGAAAUGGAGGAUAUGCUGGCAGUGCAGUCCGCUGCGGCACCAUGGACUCCUUCGAUGUCGGGGCCCUGCCUGCUGAGCCCUUGGUGGUUUUCUGCGUAGCAACUGCCGGGAAAGGUGAAUUCUGCGGGAAUGGCCGAAACUUCUUCCAGAAGUUGAGCGAUCGCUCAGAUUUGGCUCUGAACGACUUCAAGUACUGCAUCUUUGGCCUGGGGGAUUCUCACUACUGGGGCAAGGGCACUGAGGAAUCAAAGUUCAACUUUGCCAAACCAGCUCGUGACCUGGACAACCUGUUGGAGAAGAUGGGUGCCCAGCGCAUGAUGCCCACAGGAUUUGGAGAUGACCAAGAUGUGGACCAGUACCACACCGGAUUUGCUGAAUGGAAGGGCCAGCUUUUCUCCCGUCUUGGUGUUGACAAGGCAGAUGCAGCUGGAGGCGGUGAUGAUGGCCCUGUGAAGACUGAUGAGCAGAUCAAGGUGGAGACCAAGCAGCUCAGAGGAAGCAUGAAAGAAUCUUUGGACGACAUCACCACUGGUCAGGUCCCCUUCCAGGACACCAAAUUGAUCAAAUCCCAUGGAUCCUACCAACAGGAUGAUCGAGAUCUCCGUGAGGAACGUCAGAAAAUGGGAGUCGAGAACGCCUUCAGCUUCAUGAUUCGUGUCCGCUUGCCCGGUGGCUUUUGUACGGCUGAGCAAUGGAUUGCUAUGGAUGACAUUUGUGGAAAGUUUGCCAACGGAACUUUGAAGAUCACCACACGCCAGACAUGGCAAGUGCAUGGAGUCCUCAAGAGGGAUGUCAAGAACACCAUGCGUGCAAUGAACAAGGCCUGCAUGGACACAGUGGCCGCUUGCGGAGAUGUGUGCCGAAACGUGCUAUGCACAUCCCGCCCAGAUGUUUGCAGCAAAGAGCUCCACAAAGAGAUUUUGCACUACACCUAUGACAUCCAUGACCAUUGCCUGCCCCGCUCUGGUGCAUACCAUGAGAUCUUCUUGAUGCAAGGGGAUGAGAUGGCUGAGAAGAUCCAGGUCAUGGGAUCUACGCCAGUGGAGGAGGAGCCACUCUAUGGCCUGACCUACCUGCCCCGAAAGUUCAAGGUCGCGGUGGCGAUUCCACCCAGCAAUGAUGUGGACCUUUUCGCACACUGUGCAGGCUUCAUUGCCAUCAUUCAGGAUGGCAAACUGCUGGGUUUCAAUGUGGCUGUGGGUGGUGGCUUGGGAUUCACCCACAACAACCAGAAAACACAUCCCAGAUUGGCUGAUGUCAUUGGCUUUUGCAAGCCUGGCGAUGCCAAAUAUGUGUGCGAGUGCAUUUUGACUGUUGCCCGUGACUUUGGUGACCGCACAGGUCGCAAGCACGCGCGGGUGAAGUACACCGUGGAGGACUACGGCCCCAAAUGGUUCAAGGAGCAGGUGGUAGAGCGUCUCGGUUUUCCCCUGGAAGAGGCCAAGCCCUAUGCCUUCGAGCACCGUGGUGACUUGCACGGCUGGGUGAAAGUCAACGAUGGAACCUGGAGCUGUGGCCUCCUGAUCCCCAUUGGCCGAGUGAAGGAAAGCUCCCGUGUUUGCAUUCGAAAAAUUGCUGAGUUGCUGAAGGGUGAAGGUGGAUUCCGCAUGACCUGCAACCAGUCACUGGUUUUGGAGAACAUCACUGAUGCCAAGAAGAGCCAGGUGCAGCAGCUGCUGGAUCAGUACAAGGUCAUGCACAGCAAGGAGACCACGGUCAGUGGCAUGCGCCGCAACAUGGUGGCAUGCGUGGCGUUGCCCACGUGUCCUCUGGCUUUUGCCGAGGCAGAGCGCUACCUGCCGACCUUGGUUGAGCGUCUGGAGGCGGUGGCGGACAAGGUCGGCAUCGCCCAGGACGACAUCGUGAUCCGCAUGACCGGCUGUCCCAACUCUUGCGGCAGGCCAUCCAUGGCAGAGAUUGGCUUCAUCGGCAAAGCACCUGGUACCUACAACAUGUACUUGGGAGCUGACUUUGUCGGCAAACGCCUCAACACAUUGUAUGCCGAGUCCGUGAGUGAGGAUGAAAUCAUCAAGAUCCUGACUCCAAUGUUUGCCAAGUAUGCGGGUGGACGUGCCAAGAAUGAGAGUUUUGGUGAUUUUCUAGUUCGCCAAGGAAUCGUCAAAGCGAUGAAGGAUGGCCGCGACUGGUGGACAACUCCUGAGGUCUGAGCAGCUUCUGAAAGUCUCGGAAGCUUGGCUCUUGUCUCGGUAGAUGUAAUGCAACCAAAUUGCAGAACUCACUUUUUGGUGAGUCCAUCUUCUCCACAAGUUUCUCUGAUAGUCUUCUCGUAUGUGCAUAGCUGCACUUGCGACCAAUCCCUCUCCGAGCUUUCGGUAGUCGACAAACACGGUCACCGCGCCAGAGCUACCGACGGCGCCCAAAA